AGUCAUUAAUAUAAAUGAGUGAAAAGAAAGCAGCAGGAGGGCUUCAAGGAGUAGUUGCUGGAUAAUCAGCCAUUUCUACAGUUGGAGUAGGUGGCAUCGGCUUAAAUUACAGAGGUUACGAUAUUAAUGUAAGAUAUGAGUUAAGAUAAUUUAGGAUCUUGCUUAUAAAUGUAGUUUUGAAGAAGUCACUUAUUUGUUACUAAAGGGCCAUUUACCUAAUAAGUAAUAACUAGAUGAAUUGAGAACUCUUAUUUCUUAAAAGAGAUAAAUCCCAUGCAAAUUGAAAUAGAUUUUGGAGACUUUGCCUAAAGAAUCCCAUCCUAUGGAUAUUAUGAGGACAGUAGCAUCCCUUGUUGGUAUAUUAGAACCAGAAUCAAAGCCUGGUUAGGAAUACGAAAUAAGCAUCAGAUUAAUUUCAUUAUUUGGUCCAGCCUUAUUGUAUUGGCACCAUUACAGCAAUUCUGGAAUCAAAAUAAAUGAGAAUACAGGAAAAGAUUCGAUUGCUGAAAACUUUCUCAAGCUCUACCAUUUGAAGAGUUAGAUAGAUCCUUUGGUUGUCAAGACUUUUGAUGUUUCAUUAAUAUUAUAUGCAGAACAUGAUUUUGCUGCAUCAACAUUUGCUGCUCGUGUUACUGUAAGUACACUAUCCGAUUUCUAUUCUGGAAUCACAACUGCUAUUGGAACUUUGAGAGGACCACUUCAUGGAGGAGCUAAUGAAGCAGCUAUGCAAUAUUUGGAACCUCUAAGAAGCAUACAAUAGGCAGAUCAAUUCUUGAAUAGCAGAUACCAAAGCAAAUAAUUGAUUAUGGGUUUUGGACAUCGAGUAUACAAGAAGGAAGAUCCACGAUCUCCAAUUAUAAAAGAUUUUUCUUUAUAAUUAAGUAAGACAGCUAAUGGAGAUCCUACAUUGUUGGCUGUUUCUUAGCAUAUUGAAAAAAGAAUGAUUGAGGAGAAGAAGAUUUAUCCGAAUCUUGAUUUCUAUAGUGCUAGUGCAUAUAAACAAUGUGGGUAUGAUAAAAUGCUUAAAUUUAGAGUGCCUACUCCUAUGUUCACAGCAAUCUUUGUGAUUUCUAGAAUGACAGGAUGGGGAGGACAUAUCAUAGAGUAAAGAAGCAAUAACAAAUUGAUGAGACCUGUUUCAGAUUACACUGGACCUGCUAAGAAAUAAUUUGUACCAAUAGAUAUGAGAAAUAAAGCUAAUUUAUGA